AUGUCCUCCGUUACCGAAAUGGUUACCGAGGCAGUAACCGAAGUGAUAUCCAGCAUCGGAAACGCCGAUAUCCCGUACAAUAGUGAACUUCUCUGGAUCGUCAUAGUCGCCUUCAUCGUUUCUUUCAUAUUGGCCUUUGGCGUCGGUGCGAAUGACGUGGCCAACAGUUUUGGUACUUCUGUCGGGGCCAAAGUCCUCACCAUCCGACAAGCUUGCAUCCUGGCCACCAUUUUCGAAAUUGCCGGAGCAGUUCUCAUCGGUUACAAAGUGUCGGAUACGAUGCGCAAAGGCAUCAUCGAUCCAAGCAUUUACAACAAUUCCAAUUCGGAACUGAUGAUGGGCAAUUUGGCUGCUCUAGGAGGAAGCGCCGUCUGGUUGAUGAUCGCCACUUUUCUCAAGUUGCCCAUCUCUGGUACGCACAGCAUCGUAGGAGCCACGAUCGGUUUCUCUUUGGUGGCCAGGGGAACGCAGGGGGUCCAGUGGGCCAAGCUGGGUCAAAUUAUUGCCUCGUGGUUUGUCUCGCCCGUCUUGUCCGGUCUCAUGUCUGCCACUCUCUUUUUGGCCAUCCGCAAAUUGAUUCUUCGUAAACCGGCUCCACUUGAAUACGGUCUUAGAGCUCUGCCCAUCUUUUACGCAUUAACUUUGGGCAUCAACGUCUUCUCCAUUGUGCUGGAUGGACCCAGUUUGCUGUACUUUGACCGCAUCCCUUGGUGGGGAACCAUUAUCCUCAGCUGCCUUAUCGGUUUACUGGCCGGAACGGUUGUCCAGUUGGUAAUGGUGCCAAGGUUACGUCGCUCCAUCACUGAAGGUCAUCGCAAUGAGGAAGCCACAAGGGCUAAAUUUGCUUUCGGCGGAGACAGUGGUCCUGGAUCGGCAGCUUCUUCUGCUAACAUCACGCCUGAAGAGUCACGCAAUGCAUCGUUGGAUAACAUCCCAUACAACGGCGUUCACUCGGAAUUGGACCCGGCCAACACGCUCCAUUCCCGGCAGGGGGGCAAGCAACGUAAACCGACGGAAACGCGUACCAAGCCGAUUCGCUUCGGAUUCCGCAAGUCGCAGCCGAAAACCAUUUCACUGGCUGGUGAAGAGAGUCCGUUCAUAGCCGAAACCCGAUUGGAUAAUCAAGGCAACAAGGGCCUGCCCGACAGUGAACAACCUACACCUAUCCACGGUCUUUCGCCUUGCAGCAGCGCCGUCCCACUGAUCAAUGCUGCUGGAGUGCCGCACGCUACCAUUGUCAAGAAGACUAUGGAUGUUGAGAAUCCGCCAACUGCCAACGCGACUUCAACUCUGGCUUCAGCUUCCGUUGACGAUCCUCCUGAAGUCGUUCGAUUAUUUUCAUUCCUGCAGAUCAUGACAGCCUCUUUCGGCGCCUUUGCUCACGGUGGAAAUGACGUCAGCAACGCCAUUGGUCCGCUGGUGGCUAUUUGGCUCAUCUUCACCGAGGGUAAUGUUGAGCAAAAAUCGGAAACGCCUCUCCAUAUUCUCCUUUUUGGAGGUGUUGGAAUAACUGUCGGUCUGUGGGUUUGGGGUCGCCGAGUUAUCAAAACGGUAGGAGAAGAUUUGACCAAGUUGACAUCUUCAAGCGGUUUCACCAUUGAAAUCGGCGCCGCUUUCACCGUCCUGGUAGCCAGCAAAAUCGGUGUACCUAUCAGCACGACCCACUGCAAAGUCGGAUCGGUUGUCUUCGUUGGCUGGGCUCAGACAUCACGCGGUGGCGUUGAUUGGGCUCUCUUCCGAAAUAUCAUCUUUGCCUGGGCGGUUACAGUACCCAUCGCUGGUGGUUUGAGUGCUGCCAUCAUGGCCAUCUUCCAAGCUUGUAAUCUCUUCUGAUGAUACGUGCUCGACUGUGUGUUAAGUCGGUGCCUAUAUAGUUGUAAGAAAGAAAUUAAGGGCUUGUGCAUUUUUUUGUGACUUUUUUUUUUUUUGUUUACAAUUUUGUUUUUGUUUUUUUAUUUUAAAAUUGAAGACAUUCGGGCUGUUUUGCAAAUAACGACCUGAUUAUCUUCCAAGAUUGUAACCAUCUGUUAUGUUAUGGCACCCUCUCAUCCCAUUUUCCCCUUUUCUUAGUUUCUUUAGUGAAUUAGCCUCACAUCUUUCACCUUAAUGUUUUGUUCAGACUGAAAUAUCAAAAAAUUGCAAAACACCAGAAAAAAUUAGUUAAACUUGUUUGCAGUACUAUUAUCAUAGUUCACCAUUUAAUGUUUUUCGCGUCUCCGUUUAAUUUUCUAUACUAAAUAUUUCUUUGCUAUAUAUUCCACGAUGUGCCCUGGUUUUGGUUAAACAGCUGUGGCAACCAAAUGUAGCCUACAAGUUGAAAGUGCUCAUAUAUUAAGUAGCGAUACCUACCAUAUUCUCAAUAAUAUUCUCUUCAUCUAUAUUGUGUUACCCCACAGUUUUGUUCCAAUCAUUUUCUCCAAAAAAUUCAGCUAUGUAUGUUCACUUGGCCUCACCACCAUUCAUUGCUGCUACUCUUGCUGCAUCCUAAGUAAAAACAAACAUUUCUUUAAAUAUUAUUUUAUAUUUUGUUCAAUGUAAAUUUUAGAAAACCUUUGAAAUACUUAUAAUACUGUUGCAAUCGCAAUCCCUCCACUUCUUUUAACAUUAAAUGAUGAACUUAUUAUCUUUGCAUAUCUUAUUAUUUUUUAAUUGUUAUUUCUUUCUGACAGUGCCAUCAAUUUUUCAUCGCAGCAUUGUAUCAGUGCUAUUCGCCUACUGUAUUAGGGCUCACAAAACAAACAAUACACACAAGGCAUUUGAAGCUUUUGCUCUUCACCUAA